AUGGUGAGCGAGGUGGUGAAUACCCUCAACGAGCUGUACGUCGGCCAGCCCUGUCGCCACGGCGACCACUCGCAGGCUGUCUCCGCGGGUCAGCAGCGGGCCUUGGACAACGUUCGAGAUGCUGUCCGACGGUUCGGUAAGCCCCCGGAGGGAUUGACUGGCUCAGGAGCCCUUGAGGAGCUCCGAGUUCUCAGCGACUACGCCGGCGAGAGUGCCACGCUCGCUCCGUUCAGCUUUGAUAACAUCAACAGCCUCUCGCUCCCGGACGAGGGUUUCACGCCGGUGGCGCUGGACACGCUGGGGGGAGGAGCUGGCCGCACGAUAGUUGAACGGCUUCAUGAUAUGAUGCUGUCCCAGUCCGAGGGUCGGGCUCGGAUUGAGUCCGACGGUCCCCGGAAGCUCUACAGUGACCCGGCGCUCAGGAACCCCAAGCUGUACAUCCAGCUGCUGCGGGUCCUCGAGCGCCGGAACCUCAUCGACUACUACGCUGACAAGGCGCGCAGCGUGGGUGUGUUCUUCGUUUAUAAGAAGUCGGGGAAGCUGCGGCUCAUCCUGGACGGCAGGCAUGCGUCCCUGCACUUCCGGGCCCCCGACAAGGUGGCCCUCGCGUCUGGCGCCAGCUUCGCUGGCCUUCACGUGGACAGCGGGAAGCCCAUCGCCGUGGCCGAGGUGGGCCUGGCCGACGCCUUCUACACGAUGCUGCUGCCGCCGGAGUUCCGACGGUACUUUGCGCUGCCGAGCUGCCGCGCGGGCCUGCUGGGGCUUGACUGCACCUCGGACGGGCGCCCUCUCAGCGGGACGGACCUGGUCUACCCCUGCUUCCGGUGCCCGCCGAUGGGCUGCUCCUUCAGCCUCUGGAUCUGCCAGACGAUGUUGGAGGCGACCGCGUUGCAGGUGCCCCAGCUGACCGUGGCCAACCGCUUCGUGGACAGGCGUCCUGUGCCGGGUGUCACCAGCGACGUGAUCCACACCGAGUACGUGGACAACGCGCUGAGCCUCUCGACCGACCCGUCGGUGGCGUCCGCGGCUGCCGCUGCGGUCGAUUCUCGGCUCCGAGCGGCUGGCCUACCAACCCACGGGGUCGAGUGCAGUUUCGGCGCUGCCGCGCUGGGCUGGCAGUUCGACGAGAAGUUCCCGAUCAUCGGACUGAACCCGGCGCUGCGGUGGAAGCUACGGCUGGCCUGCCUGGAGCUGUGCCGGAAGGGCUUUGCUUCGGGCAAGACGGUCUCGCGCGUGGUCUCACACUUUACAUCGAAGGCGCUGAUCCGGCGCGAGCUUCUGUCCUGUCUCAACUCGCUGUACGCUUUUUCUGCCCAGUAUGGUGGCCGAACUGCUCGGCUCUGGCCUUCUUGCCUGCGCGAGCUCCGCUGGUGCGCCAGUCUGGUCGUGUUCUGCUUCCGAGACGCGGGUGCCGCGUUUGACAGCAGGCUCACGAUGGUCGACGCAUCGUGGUGGGGCGUAGGGGUCACUCAGAAAACAUCGUCGUCAGCUGUUGCGCUGGAGUUAUCACGGUACAACGAGAGGUGGAGAUUCAGCAAGACUCAGGAGGGUGGCGUCUCACAUCGGUCCCUCGCCCUAAAGGCUCAGAGCCCUGGAGACCCCUUCGUGCCCGAGUCGGUCGCAACCUUCGAGAAUCCAGGGGGCUUCCAGGAGGUGAUCACGGACUUGGAGGAGGAUGGGGAGUUCGUCGUGUCGGGCUCCGCGUUCGAGGUGGAGGAGGUGACCCAGGUGGAGAAUGAGGAGUUCCCGGAGAUCCCAAAGGCCGUCUGGGCGGAGGGGUGGUACCCGAUGGGGCGCAUCUGCCGGCAGCUGGCGGCCCUUUCGCUAGCUAGCGGCACUGCCUUCUUUUGGCGCUGGGUACCUUCCGAGCGGAACUCCGCGGACCGCGCCUCCAGGAACCUGCCAGGCGUGGGCUAUGCGAGCUGGGACCCCCGCGGGGCGGACCACUUCCUCGGCAGCGGCUUCGACAUUGGGGCUGGCCCUGGCGGCGGAGCCACUGGAGCGGACGGCCCGUGCGAAGCGUCGGCGGACCAGCGGUCGUUCCUGGAGCGGAAGGCCGUGGGCAACAGGACGACGCUGGACUACCAGGCCCGAUACCACCGUUUCCUGACCUGGGCCGAGGCUGCGAGGCUCCCAGUGUCCACCAUCCCAGAGCUGGAGGAGACGCUCCUGGAAUACUUCAACGAGUUGUACUUCGAGGGCCACGACUCGCCGGACGGGUCGAAGCUGGCUGCCGCCGUGACCCACUUCCGGCUGGACCUGCUGCCGAAGCUGAUCAACAUGCCGCGCGUGCAGCGGGCGCUGAAGGGCUGGAAGUCCAUGGCGCCCCCCCGGGCUCGCCUGCCCCUGCCCUGGCCGGUGGUGGCGUGGAUGGCGGACUGGAUGGUGACGAACGGGUUCGAGGCGGCGGCGACGGCAUCCGUGCUGGCCUUCAUCCUCUACCUGCGCCCCUCCGAGCUGCUGUCCCUGCGCGUGAUCUCGGUCGUGCGGCCGGUGAAGAGCGGGCCCCGGCACCUGAGCAAGUACUCCAUCCUCUUGUUCCCCGCCGAGCUCGAGGCGAGGUCGAAGACAAAGGACUACGACAUCAGCCUGCUGCUGGACAACCCAGAGUUCGGCUGGAUGGAGCAGGUGCUGGACCGACUGGUGCUGGGCCGACACCCAGAGCAGCCACUGUUCGCGCUGAGCAUGAAGUCAUGGACCCGAGCGUUCAGCCUCGCGUCCGCCGCCCUGGACCUGGAGAUCCUGGGCGCAGCGUGCAACGUGUUGUUCGGGGUUGGCUUCGUGGGCAGCUGCUCCAGGGUGUCUGGCGACUCGCUCAAGGUGAUGCUGGGGAACAGGCUCGCGUGCUUCUCCUUCAGCUUCUUCCUGGAGUGCACCCUGCGUGGAGUCCCAGCGGCAAUCGAGAACCCGGCCACCUCGUGGGUGUGGCAGACCAAGUGGGCGGUACAUGCCGCCAAGCAGACCAACAGCGCGGCCACGCCCGCGGGCUACGCAUCGCUGGGGCGGCGCCUGCGCUGGGAAGACUGGGCGCGCGCCAGGGUCGGGGAUUCGAGGGUCCAGGGUCUCUGCUUUCUGUUCGUGCCCGAGGGCGACGGCGACGCGGGCGGCGUCAUCGCUUCGGAGGUGGCUUUUGGGGCGUGUCCAGAGAGCGACGGCCGCGGCGAGGAGCCAGUCCCCAGUGCUCCUGUGCCCGCGCCGUGA